AUGCGAGAAGCGAUCAUGGAACAGGCAGAGUUCAGAAUAACAAAUUUCGGAAAUUACCAGAUCCGGAACAAGCGGAGCGUACAAGCACGGUUUCACGCGCUAUUACAGGCGGUACGCUUUGCGAAUAUUUGCCCAACAAGCGGCCACAUAAAAUGGUAUUUAUUUGUCCACAGCGGUCAGGAAGACGAGGGUCAGACUAUGUUAGUCGAUGGAUUUAGCGGCGACAAACGCCCGGAAAAUGAGUGGCAUUAUGCAGAUGCUGUACCUGAAUGCAUCGAUGCAGUUUAA